AUGGCAUCUCUGCUUCGCUGUCCCUGCUACACUGAAGCACUGGAGGCUAGGCGGUUCAUGGACGUUCCUGAAGCUCAGGCUCGUCCUCGGCGCCACAACCAUCUUCUCGCCCAACGAACCCACUUCUCCUCUUGGCCCGUGAGCCUGAGAUUUCUAUCGCCGUACAUAUGCCAUCACAUACCCCUCGGAAAUGCAUUCAGAUUCACUCUUUGUAUGGCGAAGCAUAGUUCGUUCCUAAGAUCCCCUAUGAUGUCCAUGGAGAAAGGAAAGUCAAAUGCUGUUGUUAAAGGAAUGUACAAGAUAGUCUGGACUAUAGCGGCUGAUCUGGCAGCUGGUGAGUUUCUGUACAUAACUGGGGACCCUACUAUUCUCGGCUGCUGGGAACCGGAUAUUGCUAUACUAAUGUCUCCUACAGAACAUACGAACUUAUGGAAGGCUGAAGUCGGGAUUUCUGGUGGUGUAAAUUUCAAGUAUAACUAUUUUAUAAAGAGAGAAAUGUGGCCUCCAUCUGACAUCAUUUGGAGACCUGGACCUGAAUUCUCUCUAUCAGUACCCCUACCUGUCAAACAAGGUGGAAGAAUUGUAGUGAGGGAUUCAUGGAUGAGGCCUGAUACCACAAUGUCUCCAAUUCUUUCGUGGGGGUCACGGAUAGAGGAGGCAUAUCUUCCAAUACCACCUUUAUUCUCAGCUCCAGCUAGAGAUGAAGAUGAGAUUAUGAAAUACCUUGAAAGUGAUAUAAUAGAACCAAAGCCAGUCUUAAAUCUUCCUAUGGAGAAGCGCAUGUUAUACUCUGAUAGAGAACUUACUGCAAGUGCUACCCACAAGGGCUUCAUUUCCAAUACUGACUUACUAGAGUUGAACCCAUCCUUAAAUGAACCUAUGGAGGAUAACGUAUACUCUGAUGGCGACUGUAUAGUGAAUACCAGUCAGAGGGGAUUAAUUUCUAAUAGUUUUUCAACUGAAAGACAUCAUCCUAUUGAGGAACCCUGGUUACUCCAAUCACCUCUCUUCUUUCUUGUGUCCAAGGAUAAGAUGGGUUCUGAUAUGUCCAAAAAGAAUGGCGGCAUGAAAGAUUGUGUGGCAAAUUUGGACGAUGCAGGACAAUCGUUGCCUGAAGAAAGAAAUAAUCUAAUUUCGAAUGAACCUGUGUCUACCAUUAUACUGAUUAAUUCUUCUAUAUGUACCAUGCAAAGGAUAGCUCUACUGGAAUAUGGGAAAUUGGUUGAGUUACUACUGGAACCCGUUAAAAGUACAGUGCAGUGUGAUAGUGUGUAUCUAGGGGUGGUUACAAAACUUGUCCCCCAUAUGGGUGGUGCAUUUGUAAAUAUUGGGAGUUCCAGACCCUCACUAAUGGACAUUAAACAAAACAGAGAACCAUUCAUAUUUCCGCCAUUCCGUAGGACAAAGAAAAUGGAAGCCAAUGGUUAUAUGCUUGAUGAUCACGUGAAUGCAUAUGGAAAUGAACGCAUGCCACUUGAUUACGAAGUGACUGACGACAUCAUUGAAAUCAACUCUCAGGAUGAUUUUGUAAAAUCCAUUCACGAUGUUGAUGAUGAUGAUGAUGAUGAUGAACAUGAAAUUGAGGAUGAAUUUGAUGUUUCAGAUGUUAAGGAAAACGUGAAUGGUAGUAUGCUUGACACUGGUGAUGUGGGAAAUGAUUAUCUAACAGGUGACACUAGUGCUAUUCCUGUUGCCAUAAAUGGUUCUAGCAGUUCUCAAAUGUCUCACCUCCAAAAUAAGAAGAAUGAUGCAAAUAUUAUCGCUAAUGAGAAUAAGUGGGCUCGAGUUCAGAAAGGCACCAAAGUUCUUGUACAAGUUGUCAAAGAGGGGUUGGGUUCAAAAGGUCCCACACUGACUGCUUAUCCAAAAUUGAAAAGCAGAUUCUGGAUAUUAUUAACUCGAUGUGAUAGAAUUGGAAUCUCCAAAAAAAUUGGCGGUGUUGAGCGUACACGAUUAAAAGUCAUAGCAAAAACUUUGCAGCCUCUGGGUUUUGGUUUGACUGUAAGGACUGUUGCUGCUGGCCAUUCUUUAGAGGAGCUGCAGAAGGAUUUGGAAGGUCUGGUUUCAACUUGGAAAAGUAUUACGGAACAUGCAAAAUCUGCAGCACUUGCUGCAGAUGAAGGUGUGGAAGGGGCCAUUCCUGUUAUUCUACACCGGGCAAUGGGUCAGACGCUCUCAGUUGUCCAGGAUUAUUUUAAUGAGACGGUUGAGAAAAUGGUUGUUGACUCUCCAAGGACAUAUCAUGAGGUUACCAGUUACCUUCAGGAGAUUGCCCCCGAUCUUUGUGAUCGAGUUGAGUUGUACAACAAAAGAAUUCCUCUUUUUGAUGAAUUUAACAUCGAAGAAGAGAUCAACAACAUGCUUAGUAAAAGGGUUCCACUUGCUAAGGGAGGCUCUUUAGUGAUCGAGCAAACUGAGGCAUUAGUCUCUGUCGACGUGAAUGGAGGACAUGGGAUGUUUGGUCAUGGGACUUCACAGGAGAAAGCUAUUUUAGAAGUCAACCUUGCAGCUGCUAAACAGAUUGCAAGGGAGUUACGACUGAGAGAUAUCGGUGGCAUAAUUGUGGUAGAUUUCAUUGAUAUGGUUGAUGAAUCAAAUAAGAGAUUGGUCUAUGAAGAAGCUAAGAAGGCUGUUGAGAGAGAUAGAUCAAUGGUUAAAGUCUCUGAACUUUCGAGGCAUGGACUUAUGGAAAUAACAAGAAAGCGAGUACGACCUAGCGUGACAUUUAUGAUUAGUGAACCAUGCACCUGCUGCCAUGCCACUGGGAGAGUAGAAGCAUUGGAGACCUCCUUCUCCAAAAUUGAACAAGAAAUUUCUCGAUUACUGGCGAUGAUGGAACAGAGACCAGACCCAGAGAACCCUAAAUCCUGGCCAAAAUUUAUUCUGAGAGUUGACCAUCACAUGUGUGACUACUUAACUUCUGGGAAAAGGACAAAACUUGCAUUCUUGAGCAGUUCCCUCAAAGUUUGGAUUCUACUAAAGGUUGCUAGAGGUUUCACCAGGGGUGCAUUUGAAUUGAAACCAUUUACAGAUGAAAGGGCACACAAAGAUCAGCGGCAAGUAACCAUUCCGAUGUUACGGCCUACAGAAACCAGAACUAACAAUCCUGGCAAAAAAGUGACCUUGUUUCCAGUCAAAAAGUGGAAGGCCGGUGGAAAAUGA